ACGCCCUGGCCAUGGCUUAACUUGAUAGUAAAACAAUAAGGAUUAGGAUGCACGAAAAAGAAAAACAACUAGAUGAACAAUAGCAAUACCGGACUCAAAUAUGAGAUGGACUGAGCGAUUCAAACCCAAGCGAUUCAAAAAUUUUUUUUCAACUAAAACGCAUCCCAUCAACUGCCCCCAAAAUGUCCCCGGAUUCGGCGUCGCGCGGAGCAGUUUCAGGUAGUGGCGGAGAUGUCGGCACCGGGUUAUGGAAGUAAAAUAUGUGGGCCGACGUCAACUUGAGCUUUCUACAUCGGCUGUUCUUGGAGGUCAUUUUUUUCCUCCAAAUACAGAUACGCAGCUGCCUUCUGCGAAGUGAAUCUUCGUCGUGUGUCUGGAAAGGUAAGGCGGCAGCAGAAAUCGCUUCCGUAUUUGGGGCGCUCCCGACUCUUCAACAAAAAGGGGGUCACCUGCGUGGUGUGGUUUUUGCUGCUUUUUGUAAUCACCCAAACGACGCGCAAAAGACUACGAAAGAGGCCAACGUGGCCGGUCUCAACUUGAGGCAGCUACUUGCCAUUUUAUAAAGGCUGCAAAGCAGGGGACGAAGUCAGCGCGUGCGCAUGAAGCCAUGAAAUGAGCGGAAAAACAAGACGCAACAAUGCCGCCAAGUUGGGUACCGGGAAAAACGCGCGUCAGCCAUGUGAAGGGCAACCCAGGGCCCAUUCCAAAACCCAAGCGGGCCGACCGCCGGGCUUGGCGGCUUCUGGUGCGCCGUGGUGGGAAUGCCUUUGGGCCUGCCCACGUAAAGGUUGUAAACCUGCGGCAGCCUCGACCAGGUCCACGGAGGCCGCGCGGGCUACUAUGCCAACAAAAAAAGCAACAAACGCAGCGCACAGGUGCAUUGUUUCCUCGGUGUAGCUGCAAAGACGGGCGGGCCAAGGCGCCGAGGGUUUGGGGCGCAGGCGCCCCACGGAUGCUAUGGCACUGGGGGGCCUGGCCCCUUGGCAAGUCCGCCAGCGGGCCAAUGCCGUGGGCUACUUGGUGGACUGACGUCGCCGGGGCGCGGGUACCAGCUUCGCGACAGGGGCGGCUUUGGGGGGAGUCGCGAGGGCGGUUGGGUGUUGUUGUGGGCCCCGUCUGGCACGAGAAAGGGCGCCGGCGGAGCCAGUCGCGCAGCGAGAGGCUUCCUGGGGGCAGGCGUUCCCGGAGCUGAUGGCGGGGCUUUGCAAGCCUUGUAGCGGCGCUCGGAAGGGGCGUGGCGGGCAUGGUGCCGAAGGUGCGGAGGUCACUAUUGUGAAAGCGGGCGCCAUAGCGUCGCGAUUCGUGAUUUUCCAUUGUUCUUGAGCAUACCGCCGCGCUUGGCCGAUUUCGGCUCCAAAAGGGGGUCAAUCCGGGACCUCCUUUUUGGCCUCCCCCGAGAGCCGGAACCACGACGGUAUGCUGGAUCUCGAUAGAGGUCCUUUUUGGAGGGUUUCGGCGAUUCAAAAGGACCUCAUUUGAAUCGCGACAUUGCAAAACCGUUGCAUUUGUAUUUCCCCGACUACAAUCCAUUCAAAAAAAGGCGCGAUCUGUUCUUUUUUUCCAGGUUUGUGACGGAUACGCGGCGGCACUCGGCUGAUACACGGCGCCACAGCUCAAGAAAUAAAGGCUGCGCCCCACCCUGUUGUCCGAAAAGAUUUGGCGGCCAGAAGAAAAGGGCCACGAACCAAAGGGCCGCCAACCAGUGGCGAGAGUCUUCUAUUGGUGGGGAGAAGUGCAAAUGCUGCCCGACCGAUCACAGGCACCCACAGAAGAGGCGCCGAGGCUGCCGUGGUGUGGGCCACGGCGGAGAUAUAUCGCGCCGCAAGCCCGGCUCGGGCGGCAUGUAGUUCAGCAGCGCACCCGUAAAGGUGCCAAAGCCCCGCAGUGCCGACACGGGGCCCCAGGAUAGCCUGGCGGCGCAGGCGUCCUAUGCUUUUUUUCGAUGGCACUGCGCCAGGGUUGGCACUGCGGCCGCGGCGCGCCGUGUUUUUCCCUCUCCCGGUGACAAGGCUCAUAGCCCACACUAGAAUCGGCUACGCCACCUUCUUUCGCAAGGCGUUUUGCCGAACUUUUGUGUCCCACAAAACAGAAAAGCAGAUGGCGAAAAUGGCGCCGCAUUAUUUCGGGGCUGGGGCCCCCACUACACAACGGCGGGCAUGUUUUUCGUCCCGCGGCUUUUGGCCCCUUCUUCCUUGUUGUAUGUGCGCGAGAAAAACCGCGCAAGAGACAGCGCAACGUCGCUGAUGGCAGAAUAAUGGGCCGUGCGUUGGCGCCAAUCUGGCUAGUUCCAGUAGGACCCGGCUCUGCUUUUUUAGGCGCAUAGCUCGUCGGCUCUCCGCCGCCACUCACGCGAAGCCGCUGCGUUUGGCACCGAUCGCGGCCACGCCUUGGGGCCAAAUAGUGGCAGGCUUGGGCUUCGAGGGUAUCCGCUGUGUGGCCUCCUCUGCUGCCCCUUGCUGCGAAUUCUUCACGCUUAUGAAUGCAGACACUCGCCUUUUUCCCGGUUUUGCUGCGUUCACGUACGCCUAAAUAACGAAGUCAAGUUGAGAUCGACCUAGCUUGUUCGUUUGAUACUCUUCUGGGCGACGUUUCGGCGAACGCAAAAAACACCCAGAACACAGCCCAUCCGUGCUGCUGUUCUUUUCAAGAAUCAGGAAAAGCUUGGAACAUGAAAAAAAAUUUUUGAAUCCGUUGAUUUUGAAUCGCUCAGUCCAUCUCAUAUCAAAGAUGCGCAUUCUUGCAAAGCGAAAGGCUGCAACUUCAUUAAGAAAAAAACACCAGAGCUGCAAGUUCGAAGAUGCAGGCUUAAUUGACCCCUCGGGUCAAGGAGCUGAAAAAGAAUCGCCCGAGACUCUGGAAGCAAGGGCAAAGCUCGUAGCCGGUUCGGAGAGUCACGAGUUCGGAGGUGAAAAUGCGGAGCAGGAGCUGAUUCCGCCCCGAGACGCACCGGCAUCCGCGUCACCCGAUCUAUGAAAAAACAAGGGAACAAGGAAGUCGUUCUCUUGGUGGUUUGUAGGUUAUUCCUCAAUGCUUUUGGUCAAAGACGGUCUAAAGGAACGAUGUUAAAGAGGCUUUCAACCAACUUCGAAGAUGACCGUCUGCCCUGCUGGCUGGCUCUUCGCGUCCUCGAGAUCCCUCCUCGUCAAAGCCAAAAGUUAUAAGGUUGAAACUGGAAAAAUAAGAGCAAAACCAAAAGAGCGGCAAAACAGAAGGGAAACGUGUUCGAUUCAUGGUCAUUGCCGGAUAAUUAGC